AGAUUUGUUGCCUGGCAACCGUUUGUUGUCGUAUGUGUGGUGCUGGUCAGGUUUAUUUCAGACGCAGUGCUGAAGUUCAGCAGCUUAUGAUCGGAUAAUAUUCGUGUAUGCUUAUCUAUUCAGCCAUGACUUUCAGGGGAAAUGGGACUCUCAUAACGCAUAACAACGCAGCCUACAUUCCAACGUCUCUGAUGCCAGGGUACUGUGGACACAUUCCUACCACAAAAUUCCUGUAUGGAGAAACCUUUGGCAACUCAAGCCUAAAGUAUUUUCAAAACACCCGCUCUGCCACGAUGGCCUCAAGCAAAAGCCAUUACAACAAGGCUGGUGCAUUUCUGAGCACCCAAACGCAAGACAGUGUCCUCAUCCUACCCUACUGGCUGCGCUAUAACACUGACUUCAGAAGACAGAAGGAGAUCAAGGACUUCAGCAUGCUGUCCCUGAAGCACAGGGAAAAUUACAAAGAUAAGACGGGCACAGUGCAGCCUGUCAAUUAUUUUGCAGUGCCAGUAAAAGUGACUGAGAAGAAGCCUGAAGGGACAACGUAAGAAGUGAACUUUACUGGGCCAUCGCAGCUAGUUUAAGUGACAUGAAUCUUUAGUAUGUGUGCAAUUAAACAUGUAAAAGAGCAUGAUGUGUAUUCAUAAUGUAUUUACGAUAGAGACAGCUCAUCUAACAAAAAAGUAGAGGAAGAAAUGUAUAGGGAAAAGUAA